GAAGGGAUUCCUAGGAAUUACUGUGCUAACUAGUGGAGCUGGGUUAUUGAGUACUUUCUCCCCAAAUUAUGUAUCUUUGGUGAUAACUCGUUGUUUGGUUGGCAUGGGCCUGGGUGGUUCCACUGUAUUCUGCUCCUGGUUUCUAGAGUUUGUUCCAGCUUCACAUAGAGGAACAUGGAUGGUUGUCUUCUCAACUUUCUGGACAUUGGGUACAAUUUUUGAGGCUUCACUUGCAUGGCUUGUAAUGCCAAGAUUGAGUUGGAGGUGGCUACUUGCAUUCUCCUCUCUACCAUCAAUUGCUCUGCUUCUCUUUUAUGGUAUUGUACCAGAAUCUCCUCGGUAUCUAUGCAUGAAAGGUAGAAUAAAUGAUGCACAUAAUAUUCUGCAGAAGAUAGCUUUUCUGAACCAAUCAGAACUUCCUCCUGGGAUGCUUGUUUGUGACAAUACAGUCGAACAGGAGGAAGAAUCUGCCCCAUUGAAAUAUAGUCCUCUACUAUCUUCACCCGGAAAAAUGGUUGUGGAUUUUAAAUCUGCUUUCUCCUCAUUUGUCAUGCUGUUCUCAUCAACAUUAAUUAAAACAACGCUGCUCCUAUGGUUGUUACUCUUUGGAAAUGUAUUUUCCUAUUAUGGUAUCAUUUUGCUGACCUCAGAGCUAAGUAGUCGGCAAAGCAAAUGUGGCUCAACUAUCUUGAGCUCAGAAAAUCUCCAGGAUGACUACAGCCUCUACAUAAAUGUGUUUCUUACCAGUUUGGCAGAGCUUCCUGGGCUACUUUUAUCUGCAGUUAUCGUGGACAGACUUGGCCGCAAGCUUUCCAUGGCAUUUAUGCUCGUCUUGUGUUGCAUUUUUGUCCUGCCACUGCUUUUCCAUCAGUCUGCAAAUCUAACAACAGCAAUGUUAUUCGGGGCUCGUAUGUGCGUCACAGGAUCUUUCACAAUCGCUACAUUAUAUGCCCCUGAGGUUAUAUCCAACGAACGUGAGGGCAACCGGGGCUGGGGUUGCAAGUUCUGUGGGGAAGAUUGGUGGCAUGAUAUGCCCUCUAGUGGCGGUUGGGCUGCAACGGGGUCAUAUGGGUCUCCUUCCGCAAAUCGCAAAACGGGCAAGUCGUCGUCGUCAUCGGUGUUUUCUUUGUUUAAUCUCAAUGCCAAGAGUAGGUUUUGGGAGUGA